AUGCAAUCCAACGCAGCGGUGUUUGCCCUCUCUGGAACGCAAUGCUACGCAGUUGGCAGCAAUGCCGCUGUCGUCUUGUCUCGCCACCGCUGGCUGACGGCCGGCAGUGCCGCUGAAGGCCGCAAUCCCAGUAGCCACCCCCGGCCGGCUUGGACGGGAAUAGAAUCUAGCAAAGGCUCGCACGCAGAUGCUAGAACCUUAUGUACAGCACCUCGGACAUUGUCAAAUAUUACCCGCCUUGCACGAACCAUGGCUUCGCAUGCCUAUCAGGUACCUACCGGAUGGCGUUGCCAUGUACAGGAUGCAGAGAGAAAACAGGCACCUAUCUUUCUGCUCGUGGUGAUGCAAGGGAGCUGGAUGCCUCUUCCAAAGUACGAGCAGCCAUUGGUGAUGUCAAAAGUUCGCACGCUCUUGUCCGGUGAUUUGGGUGUGAUACGAUCUCCCUUGCCCGAGACACCUGGCCUGGCUCGACACUGCCGUGAGCGGAACCCCACCACUAGCAGUAGCAGUAGUAGGUACUUGUGGCACUACUUGGCGCCUUUUGCUCACAGGGUGCUGGUCGGCCAAUCCAAUGAGGCAGCUGGACUCUUUCCCGGAGCGUCCUGCCAGCGAAAGAAGGGAGAGUCCAUUUACAUCGCCGGUGUUGCGGCAGCUAAUCAUAUGAUGUACGGAAACGAAAUGAGGAGAUGCUCGUACGGCCACUAGGAGCACAAAACCGAGCGAUCCCAUCGUCACAGAACUCUUUCGUUGUUAGGUGCUCCUUGCAUCUGUUGCCGGCGGUUAGAUCCCAGUGAGUACCAC